AUGAUUACUUGGCGAAGUGCUAUUUAUGAAGCCAAAGAUGUUGAAAUGAUUGAUAAAAUUUAUAAUGGAAUGGCGGAGUUAAUUAAAGAAAUAAUGCAGGAGCAACAUGAGGAAGAAAUGGGAAAAAUUGAAAAAAAUACUAAGCGAGAUGAAGAAAAUAAAAAACGACUAGAAGAAUCGGAAAAAAACAGGGAUGAAAAACAUAAGAAAGAGUUUAUUAGUGAAAUUGAAAUGGAAUUGAUUAAGGAAAAUAUUUCCGAUGAAAGAUUAAGUAAAAGAGUGGGAUGCGGAGUGAAAAAAGAAGAGUUUACCGUUUACGAAAAGGGCGAUAAAAAAUAUUGUUCUUAUGAAUGUAAAAAUGAAGGAGAGGAUAAAAAAGAAGAUGAAAAAAAGUUCAACAAUUUCAGCGUAAGUGAUUUUUUUGCCUUAAUGAAAAAACUGGAUGCGAAAGAAAUCCGUUUUGACUUUGCAACUAAUCAGAUAAUAAUUGAAUUUAAUAGCGGUGGAAGCAAAAAAUUAAAUGAGGUUAAUAGUGGUUUAUCAGCGGAACAAAAACAAAAUUUAGAAAGUGAAUUAAAAUCUACCCAAAAACCAAUUACCUUUAGCCAAAUUAGCCAAGAAGUUAGCGAGGGGAAGGGCAAGAAAAACGAUAAUUUGGGGAAAAUAAUAGGUGCCGUAGUAGUAGUUGGACUAAUAAUGGCAAUUAUAAUUGUUAAAAGAAUUUUUAAACGAAUACACAGUAUUUUUACUUUGUCUCGUUCUAAUCCCAGUAUUUCUGACGCCCAAGUUUCAGUCGAUAUCAUUAAUGACAAGAUAAAGUUAUUAAAAGGAACCAGUAAAAACUCGAUUAAUUUGCUGGCUUACCAAAAAUAUUUCGAUUUUUUGGAAAGAUUGGAUUUAAAGGAAGAAUUUACUAUUACUACUACCCACGACGAUUUAAUUUUGUCGGGCACCAGCAUUCAACCUAUUUUAAGCAACGAAAAUAAUAGAAAAGUAAUUAUUUUUUGUCAUGGCUUAACUAAUAAUAAAUGGUCGUUGUUUUAUUGUCUGCAUUUAUCCUUACAAAUGGGUUAUCAAGUAAUUACUUACGAUGCCCGUAAUCACGGACUUUCGGACAAAUCUUAUACCAGUUUAGGUCAGACCGAAGCCAGAGAUUUGCAAGAUGUUAUCGACUGA